CCUUCAAUCCGCUUUCACUAGUCUGCCCACCUGCCCCCUGCGAUGCCCGGCGCGGGACAGCAGUGAAGGGGGGGGGGCUAUUCGGCUCUUGUCCCACCAAUCGCUUCCGCCACGCGACAGACACGUCCAGUGGCCUAUAGCGCUGUCCGCGGACCCCCUCCGUCCCUCCCUCCCCCGCGCCCUGCCCACCCGGCGGUCUCCUCUCCAGCCCCAGCACUGCCAGAGCCAAUCCGCGGUUGGGCGUAAGUAGGGCAAGCCGCUUCCUGGUUCUCAGAAAGGAGGAGCUGGGAGUCAGAGUGGGCCAGCGGAGGCAGGCAGGGGGUCAAACAGCCAAGAGAGCCUGGUCUGUGGAGAGGACGGAGCAGAGCGAGAGACGUGCGCAACCGAGGGACAGUUCUCGUUUUCGGGGCAGAGCAGAGCACAGCCCGCGUCCCUCCAGCCCAGAGACAGGACCGCGCAGACAGACCAAGUGCAAGGUGGGACGAGUAUCCAGGAAGUGUGACAGCGCGGUGGGAAGCGACGGGGCUGCACAGGUGACACACCGGGCUCAGGUUUAUGACCUCAGGUGACGCGCGGGAAGCACAAAGGACAGUCAGCUUCAGUUUAUGGACUGAAGUCCUGCACUCGCGACCACCCCAUGUGUGUCUUGACCAACUGUCAGCUGUGCCACUUCUGGUGGCGAUGUCUCCAGGAGAGGACGGCUUAAUUGGGAUACCCUUCCCGGAGCACAGCAAUGAGCUCUUGUCCCACCUCAACAACCAGAGACGCACCGGACUGCUCUGCGACCUCACCCUGACCUCUCAUGGGGCGCGUUACCCCACCCACCGCUCCGUCAUGGCGGCCGUCAGUGUCUACUUUCGGCAUUUGUUUGGGACAGAGGCGGGUGGAGGGGAGGGCGGGGGGUUCACUGUGUGUCAGUUGGACUGUGUUGCACCUGACGCCCUGGAUGCCUUGUUGGAGUUUGCGUACACAGCCACCCUCACCAUCCCCAGCUCUGGAAUGAGAGAUGUGCUGCGCGGGGCUCAGCUUUUGGGGAUCCAGUGUGUAGCAGACGCCUGUAGGGACAUUCUAGGAGAGACGGAGGAAACUGAAAUGCCCCCAGAGGAGUAUAAAGUCCAGCAAACUACUCCCAAGAAGACACUACAAAGUGAGUACGUAGAGAAGGUAUCCAGAAGAAAAACAGACAAAAACAAAGUGAAGAAAAUUGGCUCAAAUCAUACCUCUAUUUUCACCCCUCCUUCGCCCGUGUCCCAUCCAUCCCCUGCGUCUGACAGCCUCCGCUCGCUCCCUUCUACUCAGCCUCCCAGCCCAGAAAAAGAAGAGUUUCACCAGAAGUUUGGCCUAAACGGUGACCACAGACCUGUCCAGGAACACGAGCCCGCAAUGAAUGGGGGGUUAGCUCACUGGUUUCAGGAUCGCUCACACAGCCGCCCCUCCUCUGUCCCGCGCUCCAUCGACAAGCUUUCUGAAGAAGACGACAUAGAAGGCUUAGUGGAGGAUGGGGUCUUGACGAAAAAUACCCCUGUGCCCUUAUCAGUCAGUCAGCGAGAGGCCAUGGCAGCAGCAGCAGUGGCAGGAGUGGUCAGGAAGAGGAAGUCCCAGACACCUCAGCAGUGUCCCGUGUGCAACAAGAUCAUCCACGGAGCGGGAAAACUGCCCCGGCACAUGCGCACGCACACAGGAGAGAAGCCUUUUCAGUGCACGGCCUGUGGGGUCCGCUUCACAAGAAAUGACAAGCUGAAGAUCCACAUGAGGAAGCACACAGGAGAGCGGCCGUACCCUUGCCCACACUGCUCCGCCCGCUUCCUGCACUCGUAUGACCUGAAGAACCACCUGUCUCUGCACAGCGGGGCCCGGCCUUUCGAGUGCCCACUCUGCCACAAAGCCUUUGCCCGAGAAGACCACCUGCAGCGACACAGAAAGGGCCACAGCUGUCUGGAGGUACGCACACGGCGCCCCCGACGCGGCCCCGAUCCUGUAGAUGACCCCAACCAGGAUGGGAAAGAGUCCAUCUCUGUCCAGUCUAUGCAGGGACACUCUUCGGGAUUCCUAGCACUUCGAGAGAGCGUGAAAAGUGAGAAUAGCUCGGCUGCUGGUCCUCCUUCACUCCAAAUGUUCCACGAGGACAGUGAAAGAGAAAGAGAGCGUACAAUGGCGCUGCAGGCUCUGGCUCAGCUUGCACCCCUCCGGCUCGCAACCCACCCCGCCCUGUUCCUCCGCAGUCUGGAGCUCCACAGCAGACAGGCCGAGGAGUCAGGGAGGGCCCACGCUAUAGCCUCACACCGGGGGGUCUGGGGGGACCACCUGGAUGAAGAUGUAGCAGAUGAAGACGCCGAGGAAGAAUGAAGUGUGCGUGUGCGCAUUUGUGGUAAAAUAUCCACGCUAAAAAAAUCUCACUCAGGUGGUUGGACUUGUAACGUGCUGCUUCUAAAAGUCAUGCUUUAAAAAGAUGUAAAAAGAGAAAUAUGGAAAACGGGUUUAUUGUCGAUUUUAAAUGUUUGUCUUCUGGCUUUUUCUUUCCUAUCCUGUUUGUCGGUUUAUUUUAUGUAUAUUGAGUUUAUUUUUAAAGUACGUGAGUGAAGAAUGUAUAUUUACUGGGAUCAUUUUUACUAUGCAAUAUAAUCAGUUGAGUUUCAUUAUAGGAGAAUAUCAUUUAUGGUACAGAUGUAGUUAUGCAACCUUGAUUCAGGUGCGUUUUCACACCACUACCAUCCUCUGGUGCUGACAAGUGGAAAUGCAGUUAAAUUAAUGAAACUUACAUCGUUAGCAAUAAAGUCCUUUUUGUCUUUCUGGUUGGAGACAAAGAUCUUGAUUUGGUGUUGAACCAAAGAUUUAAGUUUAACUUCUCAAGUCUCUAAAGCAACAGAAGAGGAGAAGUAGUAGCCAAAGUUGGGUCAUUCCAGCUGUGAAAGCCAUGUGAGAAAGAAUUAGCUUCCAUUUUAUGUUUCAGGGCCAAAGGCUCUGUCGAAUGCCUGACCGAAAAUGACAAAGUCUAGGUCAACAAAAUGAAGAGAAAUUGUAGCGCUCUCCUCCUUUUGUGAUCAACCAGUCCCUUUUACUGUAUUUAUUUUUUAUUUAUUGUUAUUUAUUGCUUUAGUUCUGGUCUAAUCCUGGGCAGGACACAGUGAACACAUCACUGCCUUGGCUGGCCUUUGUUAAAACUUAUCACCAACAUUUUGCCCCUUUUUAAUUUUGGUACCAAAUUACAAUUCUUUCUCCAAAUGCAUUCUUUGCACAUUAAGUUCAGCUUUAGCACAUUCCACUCAGCAGGUAACGCUGUCCUCCUGCUUUCCUCUUAUUGCAUCUGUUGUACUGUAUCAUAUUUAUUAAGGGGCCAUUGCUGAUGUCUCUCCUUAAUGACCAAAAAACUAGGGCUGUAGUCGACUAAAGAAAUUCAUAGUCGAUUAAAGACGUGUCCUUUUAGUUGACUAAAAGGGGGAGUGGCAAAAACUCUCAAAACAGCAAUGCAUCUCUAUGUAUCUGACUCAAAUACUGCAAUCACACCUGCACGGGAGGUCACGCAAAAACAACUAUUUAUACAAAAAAAAAAAAAGUACUAGGCAAAAAUGCACUUACAUGAAGACAGAUUAAACUUGUGAAUCAUGAGUUUAAUCUGAUUUAUUACAUACAAAUCUUCGGGUUAAUUCACUCACUAACUUGUCCUAUCUGCUGUUGUACCAUAGAAAUACUUAUAAUCUAAAUAAAAUGAUUAAUCGACUACUCAGAAUUUUGCUUGACUAAGACUCCAUCAAAUGAUUAAUCGACUAAACGACCAAAGGACUACAGCCAAAACAAAAACAUCACUUCAUAUUAUCAUUACAUUAUUACAUAUUAAUUAUUACAUUGUUAUGCAAUAGCUUGGGAAGAUUGUAACCUUUUUCUCUCCUUGUCCUUGUGUAUAACAGGUUUAGUCUUGUCUUGCUUUGUUCACCUUCUGCUUAUUUGCACUAUGAGAUUGGAGCUUUCUGCCUUUCAUAGUAUAUUUUAUUAACUUGGUACCAUUUAAGACUGUGAGUUUAAAGAGAACUUAAUAUAAAACGCUGUCCACAUUUUAGUACAGAGAGAAAAAAAACUAUGUAUAUUCCAAUACAAAUGCCUUAGAUUUUUUGUUGUGCUGUAACUAUACUCAGGAAACCUUGAGCAUUGCACUAAAAGAGUAAAGUAGAAGAAAUUGUUGGUGCUGUCGGACAAUAGACACUUUGUGCACAAAUAAGGCUGAGAGAAAACUGAUGUUUAACAUAAAGUAAAAGAGAAGCAAGUGGGGCUUGACAAUAAAUUAAUUUGAUUUACUAGUCACCAGGGUUACUUUUCUAACUAUCCCCAGUUUCAUUAGCUGUAGCUGCGAUGCUUUGGUGUAUAAUUUGUAAUACACGUUUGUUGUAUGCUACAGAGUAAUGUUAAAGGUGCACUAUGGAACUUUCCUGGUGGGGGAUCUGGCACCUGCUUGUCUCCAUGGAGAUAUUAUUUCUUUGCCUCGAAGGUUUACAGCAAGGGUGUCCAAACUCUAGCCCCGGGGUCAAACCAAUUUUUAUUAAACUUCAGGCCUCCUGCUGAAUUGGCAUAAAUGAUCAUAGGCAGCACAUUUUUACUGCAAAUUCAAGUAUUUUUUUUAUCACUGUAACCUCUGUACCACUGGAACAUUGUAUUUCAUUGUAAUACAGACCUAAAUGAGGCCUGGAAUUAGUGUUAAAGGUGUGGCUCUGUAAAAUGCAGCUAUGCGAAACUCUUUCUGUAUUGAUCACCAGUCCACUGUCCUCUAUAAAAAAGUGUUUCUAUAUCCAGCCUUCUAUGAAAAAAGUUUGGACACCCCUGAUUUACAUUUACAGUAUGAAAUUUAGCUUGUCUGUUUUCAUGGAGAUAAGCUGGUCAGGUCAGAUCUCCAAAAUGCAACUUUAAACCAUGGAUAGGGAUCAAAUCUAACUAAAAAUAUGGCUUAAAUUAUCAUAGAAAUUAAGUCAAACAUGAAAUUGAACUGACCAAAAAGCGCUUAAUAGUGGGACCAAAUGUUGCUUAAAUCUUCCACCUUUUGGCUUGUUGGAUUGUGUUAUUGUCGAGCCCUGUUAGUGCGGAUACUGGCCUUAUGGAACCUGUCUUACUGGUAUGGCAGUAGUGGGUCCUCUGCAUGAAUGCUUUGUUAUGAAUGAGACGGUAACUAAAGGUGAUGCCAGCUGUGAAGUGCGUGUCUUUCUAUGUGAACUGUUCUUUUCUUGGCUUUGGUGAAGGGACAGGAGUCGGCUCUGCAUAGACUCCACUAUCAGGGAUGCUAUUUUUGUUUUUUAGUCUUUAGUGGGCCUUCUCAGAGAUGUCAAGUUCACAUCAUUUGUUUCAAUAAUUGUAAAGAAAAUAAAGAUAUGUAAGCGUA